UGCCGCCCCUUCGAGGGAGGGCAGCGGACGUGACGCAGAGCUCGGCAGGUCCUGCAGCCCGGCUGAAGUGCGGGCUCGGGCCCCAUGUGCCUUCAGUCCCGGCCGGCCCAGGUCGCCGGCUUCUACAGACUCCAGGGGACCGCAGCGGCAGCGCCGCGCCUGCGCCCUGAGCGGAGUCAUGUCCGGUAACGGCGGCGCGGCCACAACCGCGGAAGAAAACGACUCAACCAUGAGGGUGAUUCGAGUGGGCACCCGGAAGAGCCAGCUGGCUCGCAUACAGACAGACACUGUGGUGGCCAUGCUGAAAACCCUGUACCCUGGCAUACAGUUUGAAAUCGUUGCUAUGUCCACCACAGGAGACAAGAUUCUUGAUACUGCACUCUCUAAGAUUGGAGAGAAGAGCCUGUUUACCAAGGAGCUAGAGAAUGCCCUGGAAAAAAAUGAAGUGGACCUGGUUGUUCACUCCCUGAAGGAUGUGCCUACCGUACUACCUCCUGGCUUUACCAUUGGAGCCAUCUGCAAACGGGAAAACCCUUGUGAUGCUGUUGUCUUUCACCCAAAGUUUAUUGGAAAGACCCUGGAAACCUUGCCAGAGAAAAGUGCCGUGGGCACCAGCUCCCUGAGGAGAGUGGCUCAGCUACAGAGAAAGUUCCCCCACUUGGAAUUCAAGAGUAUCCGGGGAAACCUCAACACCCGCCUACGGAAGCUGGACGAGCUGCAGGAGUUUAGUGCCAUUAUCCUGGCUGUGGCUGGCCUGCAGCGCAUGGGCUGGCAGAACCGGGUGGGCCAGAUCUUGCACCCAGAGGAAUGCAUGUACGCGGUGGGUCAGGGAGCCCUAGCUGUGGAAGUUCGAGCCAAGGACCAGGAUAUCUUGGACCUAGUGAGUGUGUUGCAUGAUCCUGAAACUCUGCUUCGCUGUAUUGCUGAAAGGGCUUUUCUGAGACACCUGGAAGGUGGCUGUAGCGUGCCAGUAGCAGUGCAUACAGUGAUGAAGGAUGGGCAGCUGUACCUGACUGGUGGAGUCUGGAGUCUAGAUGGCUCAGAUAGCAUGCAAGAGACCAUGCAGGCCACCAUCCAGGUCCCUGUUCAGCAUGAAGAUGGUCCAGAGGAUGACCCACAGCUGGUUGGAAUUACUGCCCAGAACAUUCCAAGAGGAGCCCAGCUAGCUGCUGAAAAUCUGGGCAUCAGCCUGGCCAGCUUGUUGCUCAACAAAGGAGCCAAGAACAUCCUGGAUGUUGCACGGCAGCUUAAUGAUGCGAGCUAACUGGUCUGUCGGGCACAGGAACCCCCGGCUGCCACUCCAGUGCCUGCCUACAUCUGGCUUUCAAGUGCCCUGUGCUCCUUAACUAGGGGUGUGAUUAUCCCAGGAGAUUGACCCACAGGGUUGUUGAGACUUCCACUUUGGAAGAUAUGCCUCACCUUGGGGCCUCCAUGACUGCCUUUCCCUCAAUAGUUGGGGGCUUCAUCUCUUUAGAGAAAAAGUCCAUGCCAACCUUUGAAUGUAACCAAUGGCGCUAAUAAACCAGUUCAGAAUGUGGUUCUGAUGGGAGUUGGGGUAAGAUAUAAAUAAACCCAAAGCCCUUUCUUUAAACCUGA